GUUCAUCGUCUCCAGCUCCUCCUGGCAAAAUCUGAGACUAUGAGGAAAAAUACAGAGGGCAAAGACACCCAAAACCGACUGAAGGCACUGAAUGCUGCUGUCCUGAGACUAUCCAGGAACAUCAAGGAAUUGCAGAAUGAGAAUCGGAGGCUGAAAGAAGAUCUGGAUCAUGUCCUGAGCAGUUCUCCUCCUUCCAGUAAAACAAAAAAUUACAGUGAGUGGAGCAGACAGAGGCUGGUGAGACGGAUUUCAGAACUAGAAAAGAAAGUAUGUGCCAUGGAGAACUCCAGGGUGUCAUCAGCAGAUAGUGAAUCAUCACAGUUACUUGCUGUGUCAUCUUCACCUUCUGUAGACCUGGAUCAUCCAAACUCUCAACAAUUAGACCAUGUUGAGGAGUGUCGUCACCUCCAAGGGCUAGUGAAGAAACUGAAGAGUGACAGGAAGGCACUUCAAAAUCUCCUACUCAAUAAAGAAUUAGAUAUCAAGCAGUUACUUGAGGCUAAGGCUGAAGUGGAGCUGGAGCUGCAGAAGUGGCAGAAUAAAGUGGAAGAAAAGAGUACAGAAGAGCAGACUUUCAGUGAAGAGAUACAGAACCUGACACAGAAAGUAGGGAAGCUAGAAUCAAAACUGGAGGAAGAGAAGAGACAAAUGGCAGAAGAUACAAUGGAAAAGCUUAAUAAGUCUUCACCAGUCUGCACAGUUAAAGGCAAGGAAGAUCACAGGAAGGAACAAGCAGCCAAAAUCAUCCAGAGACAGUGGAGGAUGUACCAAAAUAAGAAAGAAGAAAUUGCUUUGGAUGAGGCAGUUGUUACACUUCAGGCAGCUUUCAGAGGACAUUUAGCUCGACAGAAACUGUUACUGGAUAACAGGACGCAGGACACAAAAUCUGACAACAAGGUAAUUGCUGGGGCAAAAAUCUCCUGUAUGUCUUCCAUGUCAAACUCCUUGAGCUUAUCUUCUGAUAGCAAAGAGAAAGAUGAGAUUGUGAUGUUCAUCCAGUCCAUUUUUAGGGCUCACUUGGCACGUACAGUCCUGCUUGAGGAGAGGCCCUCUGUGUCAAGUGCAUCAAGUGAGAAAACAGAUUCUACGGUUUACAUUUCAGAGAAGAAACCAGCACUCCAGAGAUCUCCUUCAAUCUUCAUCUCAUCUCUUUCUGUGUAUCUAGCCAGGUCCUCUGAGGAGCAGCUGCAGCCUCCUCUCCCUCUGCCCGUGGAUGAAGCUCACUCUGACGACUCAGAUGAUAUUGUCAUUGUCUCUCCAUCAUUGCAGAUGAAGAAAAACUACACCCACUUUUAA